AUGGUUUUCAUUCAGAACUAUUUACUUAAAUCGCUUAAAAAGCCAAUUCGUAACUAUCUCAGAAGUCGCUUUCUGGAUUCGCUGCGGGUGACGGUAAAAGGUGGCCACGGUGGCAACGGAUUUCCCAAGUAUGGUGGAGCUGGUGGGCAAGGGGGAGCCGUCUAUUUUGUUGCCAAAGAGGGUAAAUCGUUGCGCGAUGUUGUCACAAUGUUUCCCGCCAAGCGUGUGGUGGCCGGAAAUGGCGAAGAAAGUUCCAAGAUCCGGAUCCUUGGUCGGCGGGGUAUCGACCAGAAGGUGGAAGUUCCGGUGGGAAUUCGCGUGCUGGACGACGCCAAUGGUUUGGUAGCGGAGCUGGACGAGGAAGGUAAAACUUGUCUAGCGGCAGGCGGUGGAAGCGGAGGUUGUUCCGGAAACUCUUUUCUCGGAAAGAAAGGUCACCAGCGCACGCUCACGCUUGAUCUAAAGCUCAUCGCCGAUAUUGGGCUGGUCGGUUUUCCUAACGCUGGCAAGAGUACGUUGGUGAAGGCGGUGUCCAGAGCAUCCCCAAAAAUUGCUUCUUAUCCUUUUACCACUAUCCGGCCACAGAUUGCGACGAUAGAGUACGAUGACUACCGGCAGAUAACGAUAGCCGAUCUUCCGGGACUGAUUGAAGGAGCACACGCAAAUUUCGGAAUGGGUCAUAAGUUUCUCAAGCACGUUGAACGCACGCGGCUUCUGCUGAUCAUCGUCGAUGUGUUUGGGUUUCAAUUAAGCCAAAAGCAUCAGAAGCGGAACUGUUUGGAAACGAUCUAUGCGCUAAACAAAGAAUUGGAGCUAUACGACAAGGCUCUGCUUGAUAAACCUUGCGCCCUGAUAAUCAACAAAAUGGAUAAAGAAGGAGCAAUAGAGGAAAUCUGCAAAUAUGAACAAUAUUUUCACUCCCUGCAAGACGGCCUUAAGCUAUGCCCUCCCGAGCUGCUCCCGGAAAAGCUUCUCACGAUCGACAGUGUGAUACCGAUUUCAGCUAAAAAUAUGAAAGAAAUUGAAAAAGUGAAACAGGAAGUACGAACCAUUCUCGAUGUGAAAGCAGAAGAAGAGCUGCUGGAACAAAGUUCCAACCAAGAGGCAAAUCUUCGUCUAAAACUAGACGAACGAGGACCAAGGGUUGUGUAAGAAUCCUUGUUAUGCGUGUAGUAUGUACAUAUCUAGAGCAAUAAAAGUACCGAUCAA